CAAUGUUCUAGUUAGCCGUCACACUGAUGACGUCACAUGACCCGUGACGUAGCAAAAGGUUGACAACACCGUUAACGGUCCGGAGCUGUCUGUUAGCUGUUAGCUAUUUGUUAGCAGUAGGCUAUUUUAAAUGUUUCUUUAAUGGAACAAAACUGUUUACUUCCGGUUGUUGUUUACAGCAAACUGUCAAAACUCUGAGUGCUCGAAGUAGAAGUACUGUUUGAGGUAGAAGUACUGCGAUUCGUAACAACAAGUAGAACAAGUGUGUGUGUGUGUGUGUGUGUGUGUACAUGUGUAUAUAUAUAUAUAUUUGUGUGUUACAGAGCUUCAACAUGAGCAGCCAAGGAGCUGGAAAAAAGGAGGAAGAGGAGAAAGAGGAGAACUUCUACGACUGUCAAGAGACCCUGGAGCCUUCAGGCCGAAGAGAGGAGGAGCAGGAGGAGGAGAGCCCACAGGACUUUACCAUUAAAACUGACGGACUGACUGACAGAAGAGACAACACAGGGAGAGAAGGAGGAGGAAGACAGGAGGAGCAGGGCGACAGGCUGCGGGAGGAGGAGCAGGGCGACAGGCUGCGGGAGGAGGAGGAGGAGGAGAAGGGCGACAGGCUGCAGGAGGAGGAGGAGGGUGACAGGCUGCGGGAGGAGGAGGAGGGUAACAGGCUGCGGGAGGAGGACCAGGGCGACAGGCUGCAGGAGGAUUCAGAUCUAGAGAUGAAGGAAGAGAACAGCCAAGAGGUGGAGUUUGAUGACGAUUACCUGAAGGAGGUAGAGAAGGAGCUGACAGAGGAGGAGAAAGAGAGUCGACGGCAGCAAAGUUUAACUCUGAAGGAAAAAGGCAACAGCCAGUUUAAAGCUGGAGACUGGUUGGAGGCAGAGCGGAGCUACACAGACGCCUUGGUUUUAUGUCCGGUUUGUUUCAGCCGAGAGAGAGCCGUGGUGUUCUCCAACAGAGCCGCUGCAAGGCUGCACCUGGAUCUGAAGGAUAAGGCGAUCUCGGACUGCACCAGAGCGAUAGACCUGAAUCCAGACUAUGUGCGGGCGUUGCUGCGGAGGGCGGAGCUUCACGAGCAGACGGACAAGCUGGACGAAGCUCUGGAGGACUACAAGAAGGUUCUAGACCUGGACCAGAACCAGACCACCGCCAGACAGGCCUGUAUGGUGAGGAGGAGGAGGAAGACGACGAGGAGUCACACCCUAACCCUGAGUCAUUAAUACCUUUAAAUAUUUUACUCUAGUAAAAGUACUAAUACCACAAUUUUAAAUACUCUGGUACAAGUAAAAGUAUGUUGGUAUUUAAUGAAUGUACUGAACUAAAAGUAUAAUCUCUGUCUCUCUCUCUCUACCGGUCUGUCUCUACCUGUCUGUCUCUCCCUGUGUGUCUCUAC